AGAGGGGAGAGAGAGUGAGGGGAAGAGGAGAGAGAGGGAGGGAGAGGAAGAGAGAGAGCGAGAGCACAGAGGCGAGGGAGAGGGGGAGAGAGACCUCAAGGGAGAAGGGGAAAGGGGAGGAGGGAAAGAGGAGAGCCUGAGGUCGGAGGGGAGUAGGGAGAGACGACUCAGAAAGUGGAAUCUGUACAAGCAGCCUACAGGAGGAGAAGAAAAACCCUGAAUCGUUAUAACUACACCCCAGAUGAAACGCAAGCAACGACUCCAUCACACUAAAACAGAUUUUGUGAGGGCCAAAAGUAUAAAUUACGAAGCAGAAAUGAAUAUCAAACAACUUAUAGCGGUUUGCACCUAAAGACAAGAAGAACCCACUACAAACAAAUCAACCCAGUCCAAACAACGCCUCCAGUAGGAAAAGAGGAAAACUGCGACGACAACACUACCCCCUAAGAAGAGACAAGACCAACACGCUGAGACUGUGGGGAGUCCUCAAACCUCCGAGAGAGUGCCGCGGACUGAGCUGCGCUACGUGGCUGUCUGGGCAUUAAUUACAUCCUUCAACGACCAUUCAGGGGAGGGUGAGGAGUAAGGCUCUCUCCUACCUGGGUGAGGAAGUCCUACCAGCGUAGGAACAGAAGUUUAAGAAUGAACCACUAAAUGUUUUGCGUUUAUUUUUAAAUUUACUUUGGCACUUAAAAGACUUCAUAGUUCCAGAUUUCUGGGCAAUCUCGGCUGUGGACAUCUAAGCCUAACCUUUUGGUAACCUGAAUUUUUCUCUCUCUCCUCUACCUCCAUCCCGCCCCACUCACCGUCAAUUUUAUUUGCAUAUCAAGAGAAAGCAAAAUAGUCCCAGAAGGUACUUUUCUUUUUCAAAAAUUGCCAUUUUCUAAUUUUCUGCAAAAGAAAACGAUUUUGAAAGAGAGAAAAGAAAAAGCCAGCCGGCUACAGCAUCAGGCGGUCAGCCCAGGUGGAAAACCAGAGUGAAAGUGGGGCUUAACCCAGAGCCCACCGCCUCUUUCAAAAGCCAAGCCGCAGGGCCACCACCAGUGCGUGAGCCUUGGAUCCCUCAACGUAUUGCGAGACGCCGGUGUAUAGCCCGGACCUGUGCCCAAACAUGAUUGCCGCUCAGGCCAAGCUGGUCUACCAGCUCAAUAAAUACUACACUGAGCGCUGCCAGGCGCGAAAGGCGGCCAUCGCCAAGACCAUCCGAGAGGUCUGUAAGGUGGUCUCGGACGUGCUAAAGGAAGUGGAGGUGCAGGAGCCUCGCUUCAUCAGCUCCCUGAGUGAGAUCGAUGCCCGCUACGAGGGGCUCGAGGUCAUCUCGCCCACUGAAUUCGAGGUGGUGCUCUACCUAAACCAGAUGGGCGUCUUCAACUUCGUGGACGACGGCUCGCUGCCCGGCUGCGCCGUGCUCAAACUGAGCGAUGGGCGGAAGCGGAGCAUGUCUCUCUGGGUCGAGUUCAUCACAGCGUCGGGCUACCUCUCAGCGCGCAAGAUCCGCUCUCGCUUCCAGACGCUGGUGGCCCAGGCGGUGGACAAGUGCAGCUAUCGGGAUGUGGUCAAGAUGAUCGCCGACACCAGUGAGGUCAAGCUGCGCAUCAGGGAGCGCUACGUGGUGCAAAUCACUCCGGCGUUCAAGUGCACAGGGAUUUGGCCUCGAAGCGCGGCACAGUGGCCCAUGCCUCACAUCCCGUGGCCUGGCCCCAACAGGGUGGCGGAGGUCAAGGCCGAAGGGUUCAACUUGCUUUCCAAGGAGUGCUACUCGCUGACUGGCAAGCAGAGCUCGGCGGAGAGCGACGCCUGGGUGCUGCAGUUCGGAGAGGCGGAGAACCGCCUGCUUAUGGGCGGCUGCAGAAACAAGUGUCUCUCGGUGCUGAAGACCCUGCGGGACCGCCACCUGGAGCUGCCCGGCCAGCCGCUCAAUAACUACCACAUGAAGACGCUGCUGCUGUACGAAUGCGAAAAACACCCGCGGGAAACGGACUGGGACGAGUCGUGCCUGGGCGACCGGCUCAACGGCAUCCUGCUGCAGCUCAUCUCCUGCCUGCAGUGCCGCCGCUGCCCUCACUACUUUCUGCCCAACCUCGACCUCUUUCAGGGCAAGCCCCAUUCGGCCCUGGAAAGCGCUGCCAAGCAGACCUGGAGGUUGGCCAGGGAAAUUCUCACCAAUCCCAAAAGCCUGGACAAACUAUAGGGUGCUUGGGGACUGCUUGAAAAGCGACAAAACCGGGCGUGCUCUCUCAAACACACAACACGUAACUGAGCGAUCAACAGCAGAAACUUAAGACACAAACUUUAUGUAAGUCACCUGAGAGGAAAAGGAAUCAGGCGGAAGACCUUCAUUAAUUAAGAAACAGAGAGCAAACUAACCAAAACAAAUCAUGUUCUUGCACAAAAGUGAUCAUUUUCUUCCAAACAAUGUGAAUUUAAAGGGUCACACAAAAGAAGCAAUCGGGCUUUACCACCACAAAAUGAAACCCAAGGUACAUUUUCAAAUCAAUGUAUAAUAGUUUUCCCCCUUUUCUUUCUCUCUCUUUCUCUCUCGUUUUUUUUUUUUUUGGUUGCCUGAAUGUCACCAAGUGAAAAAUUAUUUAACUAUAUGUAAAAUGUCUCUUUUAAAAAAAGUUUUACUGAUGUUAAAUGUAUCUCAGUGCCAAUGUCAGAUUGUGCCCCUGCCUUUCUUGCACCUCUACCCUUACCCUAAGCCCUCUUGUUGAAGACAGUAAUAAAAAUAUUACUUUACAUUGUAA